CGUCGGUCGACAAAGUGCGCGCGCUCCUCUUGACUUGCCACACAGCGUGAGUGAGCCAACUGUUCGUAGUUCGUGCCGUAUCAGACACUUACACACCCACACAGACAGACUGACACACACACAGAAACAAAUACACAAAGCUUGGGGGGGUGGGCACAUGGUAGAAGAUUUUCUCGAGCAGCUGUUAGCAAAAAGCGGAACAAGGCACUUGAUUGAUUUUUCGCUUUACUGUUAAACAAGAGAAAAGCCAAAGCGUUAAACAAUCAGCAAACCAAAGCGAAGCGACGAAGUGUCAACUGGCCAUUGAGUUACCAUAUGGAGGCCACACUGUUUGAGUGCCACGAAGGCCAAACAGGCGUUAACAAAUGUUGCAGCAACAACAACAGCUGUGAAGUAACAACAACAACAACAACGAGCUUGGCUGAGAAAGUGUCAGCCAGCAGCAUUGAGGGCCAACGAACAUAUCCAGAAACCGAGCCAGAUGUUGAUGAGGUCGAACCACUUAGCGAGCGCUGGUCACCCUUGGGUGCCAACUAUGAUGACGCCAAUAGCGCAAGCUCAGAGCUGCUAGCUGGCAGCUUUGACUGCGAACUGGAGUCCAAGCAGGCAGCAGCAGCAGCAGCAGCGGAAAGUGAAGCUGCAACUGAAGCAGCAGCAGCUGCUGGCAGCGGCAUGGAAAGUGCCAGCGAAUUGGCGCGUUUGCGGAACAUUGAGGAGGAGCAGGAGCUGCUGACCAGCUCGCUGCUGGCGCUGACUUCGCAGUUUGCACACGUGCAGCUGCGCGUGCGGCAGAUUGUAGAAGCGCCAACGGAUGAGCGAGAUCAGCUGCUGCGCGAUUUGGAGGACUUUGCUUUUCAGGGCAUACCCGAAGCAGCGCAGCAGCCGCUGGCAGCGACUGAGGCUGAGAGCGAGGUGUUGGCAGCAACUGAUGGCAAACUCAUUGAGCAGCUUAAGUCACAGCUUACGGAGCUGGAGCAGCUGGCCUAUGAAUCAGGCACGCCUGGCGUCUUGCCACAGCAUGUGCUGCUGGAGAAGCAAAAGUUUAUACUGGACGAGCUGCGUAGCAAGCUGAAUCUGCAGCUGGAGCAGCAUCAGCUGCCAGGGCUUAGCAUUGAGCAGCUGCGUCAUCAGGUGGACAAUGCCAUUGGCGAAUUUGUUGGUCCGCUCAAGAUGAAGGAGCAGCUGGUGGCGCAGCUCAAGACGCAAAUAACCGAUCUGGAGCGUUUCAUUGCAUUUCUGCAAUGCGAUACGGCGGCAGCAACGGCGGCCGCUGGCGGCGGCAAUCUCAGCGCCGCCGACAAGCUCAAGCUGCUCACUGGCGCCUACAACAGUUACGCAGCCAAGCAAACUGCACGCCAGGCCACAUCAGCGGCAGCAACAGCAGCAGCAGCAGCAACAUCGACUACGCUGCCGCUGAGCACACGAAGUGCAACAACAACACAAAGCUCGACUGCUGGCGCCGCUGGCUUGGAGCAGCGCAUGGGCGAGAGCCUGCAGAGCAAGGCGCAUGGACUGCUGGACAAGGCGUCGCUGCUUAUGCAAAUGUUUGCCAGCACGCAUUUUGCAAGGAGACAUGCGGACUUUGAGCAGAACUCGCUGAAGAAGACACACAAGGGCGAUCACUGGGGAGAUCUGCGCGCUCAGCUCGAGGUGGACAUCCAGGAGGUGGCCGCACUGGCCGCCACACUAAGCUGCGAUCGCGAGAAAUUGGCCAACAUCAAGCGAGCGCUGCGGCAACAUCAACAAGCCAAGCAAAUUAGCGAGGCCAGCAGCGUGCCCAUCGAUGCACAGAAUGGAGCGCUGAUAACGUUGCCACCACGUUGCAGACGCGCUGCUGUAGCCGCCGCUGCUGGUGCUGGUGCUGGGCAAGAGCUAAUGCCAUAUACUGGAGCCGGCGGCACAGCUGGCGGCUCAUCGGAUUCGGAUGAGGAAUCCUACGAGCAGUACGACUGGGACAAGGACAAGACGCUGGGCAGGCGCAUUGUGCAUAUGCGUGGCGACUCCAUUGCCACCAUUGGACGCGAGCUGACGUGCGUGGUGCGCAAGAAUUUUGCACGCACCUUGCAGCAGCUCAUCCAGCACGGACUGCGCAUUCCGGCGGAGUCCGCAGCCAGCAGCCUGAUGGUGCCGUUCAUGCGCUGCCUGCAGCCAGGAGCACAGCGCGCGGCAGCCGCUGGACCGGAAAUGUCCUUUCUGGGCAUUGGACGCGCCAUGCACGCCUGGGAGCUAAUACUGGCCUACUAUAAUCUAAAGCAUGGCGAGGAAUACAACAAUACGCCGGCGAGAAAGCUCUCGCAGAGCUUUCAGCUGGACAUUGUGGACGCGCAUGCGGUGACGGCCAAGCAGAGUCUGCUUAGCGCCAUUGGCAUGAUCCUUGCCAUGCACAGGCCCUACAAGCGAAGCUACAACGCCCACUUCAAAGCCUUCAUCUGUGCCGGACUCAACGCGCACUUGUUGGUGGAAUGGCUGAAUCUUAUACUAAGCUGCAACGAGCUAAUCGAUACAUAUUACGCAUCCAAUGGUUACGUGGCCUGCACGGGAUUCCGCGACUCGCUGCACUCCAUUGAUGCACUAACCAAAUACGACUUUGAGCUGCCCGUGGAUUUGGCCAUACGGCACUUUCGAAAUAUUUAAACUGCACACAUUAGCGUUUUUUUUUUCUUUUGGAAAUUAUUAUAUUUAGUAGUUGAAUUUUUUUAUAUAUACUUCAUUUAAUUGAUGGAUGGAUAUGUUGAUGACCCCCGUUCAAUUGAACCUAAGCUGAACUCCAAACUAUAUUUAAAUGCGACUCUGCCCUUUGCUAAUUAAUUAACUAAUUAUUAAUUCUUAAU